AUGGGGAACUUGAGACGGGGUAUGGAAUUGAUGGAUUGCAUGAAGAAUAAUGGUAGGAUGAGCGUUAGUAAGUUUGUGUAUAAUGUUUUGAUCGGUGGGAUGUGUAAAGAGAAGAGGGUGAUGGAUGCACGAAAGCUGUUCGAUGAAAUGCUUGAGAGGGAUGUGGUGUCGGUAAUGCUCACAGGUUGGGUGUUUAGUGGUCGAUCAUCGGAGACGGAGUCUUGGUCAGACAAGAUAACUGGAGAAGGUCACCGGAGUGGUGGUGGGUGCCGGAAAAGGACACCGGAUUUGGUCCUUGUUCUAUUCUUGUUGUAUAAUGAUCGUGACUCUGAGAAUUCAGGGAUCAAGAUUUCAAAUCUUUUCAACAUGGUAUCGCCAUCUCUAGUUGAUAUCAUCGAUAAAGCGAUAUUUUGCAACACUGUAUAUGCAUUAGCAUAUACUGAUUCAGAUCAAAAAUGGCUAAUACGGAAACACUUACUUUCUCUUCAUCAAGAAUUUUCGUCGUUGUAUCCUAAAGUCGGUACGUUUAUCCACAAUGAUGGAACCAUGGUGCACCUAUUGAAAGCCGAGGGUUACCUUAAUGUCUCUCACCUGUUGCCUUUGGUUCAUGUAACCAUUUGGGUCCAUGAAUAUUAUCCUCAUGUCGCCCCCAUGGUUCAGGUGACAUCAGACCCAACUAUCCCAAUUCGUUCGAACCACCCAUUUGUAGAUCCUUCAGGUGUUACCACCUCGUCAUAUCUCUACAUGUGGGGUCCAUCUGGGUACGACUUGUUAGGUCUUGCAUAUAAUUUGGUAAAAUUAUUUUCAUUAGAUCAUCCAUUUCAUUUUGUUAGUUCCCCGAGCAUAUCUCACCCCUCUUACGUGUCCAAAAUGGAGGGCAUGGAUCGACUUUGGUGGAUGCUUCACUAUGACAUGAUCGCGUUGAGGGAAAGCAUAAACGACGAGGUACAGAAUCUUACUACGCUUCAAGCUGAAAUGAAGGUGCGUGUCAACAUCACGACCGACAUGAUCAUUGGAUUGGACCAUGAAAAAACUGAUCUAAAGCAAAUAGUAAAAGAAAUGACGGAUGAGACUGACGUGCUAAUAAGUUGGUUGGCAGUCAAUAAGGUAAAUUUAAGUGUGGCGAUGGGGGGAAAACUCGAGGAUGCGUUUGAAUGUGUGGAUGAUGACUCGAAAUGGGCGUUGGAAUUGUUGGCUGAAGACAAAGCUUUGGAGGAUUCGAUGUAUGCACUCGAUAAGGCUCUUGACGAUGGGGUUGUGGCCUCCGAAGCUUAUUUUAGACAAGUUCGGAGCUUGGCAAGAGACCAGUUCUUAACCAGAGCCAAACUCGUGAAGUUAAAGGGUCCUCAAGUGUUCAAGUUUCUCUAUUAAUCUAUUAGAGAUGCAAAAGGCCCGGACGUUUUUAGGACUGAGCCAUGGCCUUCCAUAUCCGUUUUCAGUAUGCUAACAAAUAGCUCAUGUUCUUUUUUUGGGUUGGGAUUGAGCUUUUUUAUGUAUCUAUAAUCGUUAUGUUAGACACAUACUUUUCCAAGUAAUGUAAAAUUCUCGUGGAUUUGCAUAACCUAACUGUCUGAGCAUCUCACUG